AUGUGGCGUGCGUAGAGCUGGGACCCCCACCGCCACCUCAACCCCGACGAGCCACACGCCGAAUCUCUGAACACCAAUCCCGAGCAAUCGCGCCCGCAGAUCACAAAAUCCGCAUGCCGUCUCACCGGCUCCACUCAUACGGGAUCUCUCCAAUCUUCCACAAUCCCCCACCCGUGCGCCCGCGGCGCCGCGACGCGCGCGCCCGUCCCACGUUCCCAACCGCGGCGACCGCACGAGGGCAACGAAGCGAAUGGGAGCAAUCUGAUGCGAUGAGCCCGCCCGCCAUGCUGCUCCCCGUCUGCUCCGCCGCGCCCAGCUGCUCCCCCCUCUGCUCGGUGACAGCGUCGCACGUCGGCGCGCGGGUGCCGCGGAGGGUGGAGGUGGGCGCAGCGCUCAGGUCCCACGCCGGCCCAUUCGUCGCGCAGGUGCCCGAACGCCCGCUGUUGCUCGCUGACUCCUCCAUCCUCUCCCCUUACCCCGCCCCGCCGGACGACAUCGCGCGGGGGUUCGGCCCGGCCGAGCUGCCCAGCUCCAGCGCAGACGCCGCGCUAUGCUGCACUGGGACCGACCCGUCGCUGGCGGCCGUCGCGGACUUGGCCGCCCCCGACCAGACGGCUGCCACCACUGCCGUGGUCGACUCGGUCGGCAACGACGCCGCGGAGCGGGCCCUGUCGGACGCGCCGGUGCCCACCACGUUCCCGGCCGACGCGUCCGAGGUUGAGGACUCCGUGGCAAGGUUCAUCGAUAAGCUCGGCAAGCAGGUCUUCCAGGCUGAGGACGCGCUCACCGAGGCGUACGACAAGCUGAGGCUGUCGGCGUACGACGCUCUCGGGACCUGGAGGAAGACGGUGCGGGGCGCGAUCGGUGGACUCAAGGCGUCGGUCGAUUCCACUAAGGAGCAGGCCGCCGGCGGUGUCACGGACGCGUCCGGUGCGUUGCAGGAGAAGGUGGCCGGAGCUGGCGCUGUGGCUGUUGAUGUUCUUAGGAAGGCAAUCGUUGCUGCCGAGGAUUCACUUGGCAGUGCAGCCACAUUCGUUGUAUAUUCUUAUGGAUCAGCAAAGUCGUCUCUGCCGUCAAAUGUUAGAGAUUUGUUGAGCAAGUCCGAGGAGAAAUCUAGUCUAGUCUUGAGACCGAUCGGAAAUGCUCUUCAACAGGUAUAUGUAAUUGUUGAAGGUGUCGAAAAGAAUGUUGGUUUGGAUCCAAGUGAUCCCAUUGUUCAAUUGACAGUUGUGCUUGGAGGUUCAGCGACAGCAGGGAUUUCUUACUGGCUCUUCGCAUAUGGCGGUUAUUCUGGAGACUUGUCACCUGAACUAACAUUGGGGCUAUUGAAAAAUGAUGGCAAAGCCGUACUUAUUGAUGUUCGGCCUGAGGAUUUGAGAGAAAAAGAUGGUGUUCCUGAUCUACGUCGUGGAGCUAGAUCUAAAUAUGCAAGUGUAGCUUCACCUGAGAUCAAAGGUCCAAUAAAGAAGAUGCUUAAAGGUGGAAGAGAUGUUGACGAUGCCUUACUUGCAGUUGUCAUCCGAAAUUUGAAGCUGGUUAAAGGUGAUUCAAAGGUCAUAAUUAUGGAUGCUAAUGGAGCCAGAUCAAAAGCCAUUGCUAGGUUACUGAAGAAGCUUGGUGUGCAGCGACCUUACCUGGUUAAAGGUGGUUUCCAAGCUUGGGCAAAGAACCUUCGUGUGAAAGAACUGAAACCCGAGACUGCAUUAACAGUAAUAAAUGAGGAUACUGAGGAAAUACUAGAACAAAUAAAGCCCACCCCAACACUCUUCCUCGGAUCUCUUCUGGGUCUCUCAGCAGUUGCUUAUGCUUUGCUUGAAUGGGAGACGACUUUGCAAUACAUCGCUGUUCUAAGCCUUGGACUGACUAUCUACCUGCGAUUCUCUACAUACGAGGGCUCCGAGGAUUUGGAGCAAGACCUAAAACUGUUGCUCUCUCCAGUAAGGGUAGGUGCAGAAGCGUUCUCGUGGGCAGCUAAAAAGAUAGAACCAAACAAGGUUGGCCUGCCAACGUCCCCCUCCACGACGGCGGUGAAAGACCGGGUUCUCCAGGCAGCGGCGAAGCACGAGUCUGAGCCAUCUGAUGCCUAAGAGUCGUCAGCCAAACAGCCGAAGCAUGAGGGAGCUUGGGAGCCAAUUGGCAGUACAACUCCGAUCCGCACAACUGAAUGUAUUCCGAGAUACGGCGGGGUAAUUUGGUGAAUUUGAUGUUUCUGAUGUAAGAAAUCGUUCAGAGUCACUGUGAGCAGCUGUAAAUUAAUAUAUACAAGCAACAUUUGUAACGAACAUUUCUUUUUCUUCUGGGAGGUUGUUACGAACGCUUGUGUGUUAGCAAAAGAAGCCAAUGGUCCUAAGCAUGUGUACAA